CCCGGCGCGACGCCUCCUUCCCGGGGACGCGUGCCCGAGCGCGAGCCGAGGCAGGCGUCCCUGCAGCCAUGGCUUCAAGGUCUGUCACUCUCGGCAUCGACUUGGGCACCACGUCCGUGAAGACCGCCCUACUGGAGGCCGCACCCGACCAGCCAUCCGGGUUCGUGGUGCUGGCUAGCUGCUCCCGGGCUGCGCGAGCCGAGGUGGAGAGCGCGGCGGCCGGGCCCCAGGGGCAGGAGCAAGAUGUGAGUAGAAUCAUUCAAGCCCUAAAUGAGUGCCUUGCUGACAUUCCCCCACAGCAGCUCCGGAGAGUUGGGGGUAUUGGAGUGUCAGGACAGAUGCAUGGCAUCGUGUUUUGGAAAGUACACCAAGGUUGUGACUGGACAGAAGUAGGGUCUGUCUCUAUGUUUGAGCCCAGAGCCGUGAGCCGCCUGGUCACAUGGCAGGAUGGCCGGUGUAGCAGUGAGUUUCUGGCUUCUCUGCCCCAGCCAGAGUCCCAUCUCAGUGUGGCCACAGGAUUUGGCUGUGCAACCAUCUUCUGGCUUUUGAAAAAUAGCCCAGAGUUCCUGAAGUCCUUUGAUACAGCUGGCACCAUCCAAGACUAUGUGGUUGCCAUGCUUUGUGGCUUGCAAAGACCCCUGAUGUCUGACCAGAAUGCUGCUAGCUGGGGAUAUUUCAACACUCAGAGCCAAAGCUGGAACUUGCAGAUACUGAAGGCAGCAGGCUUUCCCAUCCACCUGCUCCCAGACAUUGCUGAACCGGGCAAUGUGGCAGGCAGAACUACUCACCAGUGGUUUGAAAUUCCAAGGGGGACACAGGUGGGCGUGGCCAUGGGUGACUUACAGGCCUCUGUCUACUCCUGCAUGGGCCAAAGGACUGAUGCAGUUCUCAACAUCAGCACCUCGGUCCAGCUGGCAGCCUCCAUGCCUUUAGGAUUCCAGCCGGCGCAGACUCCAGACCCUUCAGCUCCAGUCGCCUUCUUCCCGUACUUCAACAGGACCUACCUUGGGGUGGCAGCAUCACUCAAUGGGGGCAAUGUGCUGGCUACAUUCGUCCACAUGCUUGUUCAGUGGAUGGCAGACCUAGGCCUAGAGGUUGAAGAAUCUACUGUGUAUUCACGCAUGAUCCAGGCAGCUGCACAGCAGAGAGACACCCGCCUCACUAUCACUCCAACAGUGCUGGGGGAGAGGCAUCUACCAGACCAGCUGGCCUCUGUGACCAGAAUCUCCUCCUCUGACCUGUCCCUAGGGCAUGUGACCCGGGCGCUGUGCAGGGGCAUUGUUCAGAAUCUGCAUUCCAUGCUUCCUUUUCAGCAGCUCGCUGAGUGGGGUGUGCAGCGGGUGAUGGGGAGUGGGAGCGCACUGUCCAGGAAUGAGGUGCUGAAGCAGGAGGUACAGAGGGCUUUCCCUUUGCCUGUGUCCUUUGGCCAGGAUGUGGAUGCUGCAUUUGGGGUAGCCCUGGUCAUGCUCCAAAGAGGCAUCAACCAGGAGGAGUCUUAGCAACGCUAAGUGCUAGGAGUUUUACCUAACUAGCUUUCCCAACAACCUUGGGCCAUCCUUCUCCUGGAUAGUUCUGCAGGUAGCUUAGAAGUUAUUCUUGAUCUUAGGGUGUCCUCUUGAUUGAUCACGAGCUUCCUUAUACAGCAUAUAAUAAUCAUGCAUCCAGGAAUCAUCAACUAGAUCCCAAAGCAGUGUAUUCUGAGAAAAGACCUAUCUGAGAGCUGGCUGCAAGUGUAAACAUGGGAGGAGAAGGGCGGGGUGGGGUGGGGAGAGAGAGAGAAAGAAUCAAAGAGGGAAAGAUAGGUCAAUUUUCUGGCCAGAGGGCUUAUAUAUGAUUAAUCUAUAAAGGGGAGAAAGUAAAUAUGACUUCCUACAUUGAACAGUCUGGUGGCCAUGGCUCCAACCAAGCAGUAAAGGCCUGUCUCGUUUCUAGCUUUUGGACUGAAUUUAGAAACAUGAAGCCCAGAUUUGAGUCAGAUCCACUUGGAAAAGUCCUUCCUAUUGGAUUGUACUAGGUGGCUAGAAGCUCCCUUCCCAGUCUUCUCUUUCAGCUAUAGUGGGUUAACUGGACAGAGGGUGGCCCAAGCACCUUGAAACAGGCUUGCUUGGAGGAAAAGGCAGAAGCUUGCUCCAGUCCCCUUGCUAUAUGUGUUUGCCCUUGGGGAAGCUUGCAGUACUGGGGCUACCCUAGGUCCUUCCAACUGGCUUGAGGGCACAGCCCAGUGAAGGAGACAGAUGGCACGACCAGCAAUGGGAGCUCUGUGGCUGACACCAUUAUGGCAUAUUGCUCUCAAGAUGUUUGCAAAGCACCAGCAGCACCUCUCUUUAUGACUAUGCCUGUGCAGCCAUACGUUUUUCCACCUAUCUCAGAAGCUUCAACAGAGAGAACCCCUUAUCCUAUAAGCAUCACCCUUUUCUCCUGUGGUGGGCCUUGCUGGCUCUGCAUAUGCUCCUGGCUCAGCAGAAACAUCUUGCUUGUUUAUAGGAUCACAGCAUUGUCACUCUUUCCAUAGUUGGAAGGGAUGGCCUUGCAGUGGCUUCCAUGAGAGGGACAUCAUCACUGUAUUUGCUCCCAGACUCUCAAAGGACUCAGACUCAGGCAGGACUGGAUUUGAGGCACCUGUGGUACCCUUGCUUUUGGGGAGCCGAAAUGUCUCUAAGCAUGGUGGGACACACACUCGGGAGGCAGAGGUAGGAGGAUCGCCGUGAGUUCGAGGCCACCCUGAGACUACAUAGUGAAUUCCAGGUCAGCUUGGGCUAGAAUGAGGCCCUGUCCUGGAAAAAAAAAAAAAAAAAGUCUCUUUGAAAAUGUCAUUUCUGUGAUUGUUGGAAGCUCUUUGAUGAAUCUGCCUGCUGACGCUUGUGGCAUUUCAGAGACUGAAUAAAGCUCAUUCUUUCA